GUGACGCACCGCCGCAUCCAGUCCUUCCCUCACAACCGCCAAGAUGUCACUGGUGGUUCCGGAAAAGUUUCAGCAUAUCCUGCGUUUGAUGAACACGAACAUCGAUGGCAGACGAAAGGUCAUGUUUGCCAUGACAGCCAUCAAGGGUGUUGGCAGACGUUAUUCCAAUAUAGUCUUGAAGAAGGCAGACAUUGAUCAGUCAAAACGUGCUGGAGAGAUGACAGAAGAAGAGGUCGAGAAGAUCGUAACAAUCAUGAGCAACCCUCGUCAGUACAAGAUUCCUGACUGGUUUCUUAACAGACAGAAGGAUAUCAAAGAUGGCAAAUACAGUCAAGUAAUGUCCAAUAACCUUGAGACCAAACUGCGUGAGGAUCUUGAGCGCAUGAAGAAAAUCCGUGCUCAUCGUGGUCUGCGUCAUUUCUGGGGUCUUCGUGUGAGAGGUCAGCACACGAAGACCACUGGCCGUCGUGGUCGCACCGUUGGUGUAUCAAAGAAGAAGUAAAAAAGAUUUAAUACUGGUA